GUUAAAGUAACCAUGGUAACAAGGUAAAGAGACGCUGACCCGGGAGAGAGAAGCUUGGGCUCAGACCGGAAGCUCCAAUGUCUCGAAAAGCUCUGAAAGUGGUGGUUGAGCUAAAGUUCAGAGCGGUUUCCUGUCCCGGGGUUCAUCCGCCAGCCAAAGAUGACAUCUACCUCAGAAUGUGUUUCAUGGGCCAGUACCGUCAGUCUGAGUGUCUCCCUGCCGUCUUCCCUCUGCUGUUUCAUGAGAAGAUGACCUUCGAGAAGGUCUUCAGACAUGCAGUGGACCCCGGAGACAUCGCUGUGAUGCUUGAGUAUGAGACGGUCAGAGUUGAACUGGUGCAGCUGACCCCUCCUGAGGGGGACAUUCUCGCCUGCUUUGAGGAAAAUGCUCGACGGUUUUUAUUCCCAGAGCCCAGACUGGUUCCCUCCUUCUCGGGAGUGGACCGAGAGGUUCUCAUGACCCGAGCACCUUACUUUCCGGGUAUUGCUCCGAGGUUGGAGUUCUCCACCAAAACCACCAUCAUUGAGUGCUCAGCUGAUUCUGAGAUCAACAUUCACCCCAAUGUACUCAUGAGACCAGCGAUAAAGAGGAACUUGAUGCGCUCCAGCAGACCCAGGACCUCCUCUCCUCAGAGGAACCAAUCUCAAACCUCUGCAAGGAGACGAGGUGGCAGGACAGACCAAGAUCACCGGAUCACCAGAUCCCAGUCCCCGCAGAGAAACACCCAGCAUCUGGCCCGGCUCAGCCUGGAUCCUGCGGCUCCCAACCCAACCGAGGUGAAGGCAGCCAACACCUCCCGACCUAUGCUUGCUUCAUGGCCGGGAGCCAGUCGACGGGACUCACCCCAUGUUUCUGCAGUGUUGACCAACUCCUCUUCACCUUUGGUUGAAGAGACAUCUGAAGACGACUCUGGCUCAGAAACACCUGACCCUUCAGCGUUGUGGCAGACUGACAUAGGAGCCGGGCACAACAGGUCUCCAUCCAGUUCUCACAGAGAAUGGGAAGAAGUCCAUCAGCGCGUUCGAGGACUCCUCACGACGCCAAAAGCUGUACGCCGACUUCUCUGCGGGGCCACAGUCUCUGAGGUAGACCGGGUUUUGGCCAGAAGGUCCAUUUCAGAGAAUUCAUGUCCUAUCAAGUAG